GAAGAAAAGAACCCGCGAAGGAAGCACAAACACGCUAGUGGGUCCACAACAAGCGAGUGCCUGGCAACCUUGGAAGAGCUCUGACAACCUCUUUAGCAAGUCUUCCCUCUCACUCACACACAUUUAACUUCAUUCACUCCAUCCACAUCCACAUCCACUCAUAAACAUCAACACCUCCGGCCAAAAUAAACAAUACAUUCGACCUCCAUCCUUCGACCGUCGACUUCUUCAUGUUCUUGAUAGCCUCUUAGGUAUUUGCCAGCUUUAGAUCCUUUUCGGUAUCUUGUUUGUCCAGUCGUUCAAGUUCUUCAGUUUCGUGUGCAGUUCAAAAAAAAACGAGUUCAAUUCUUCAUCUGUCAACAAAGUCGAUAUCUCACAACCCCAUUCUUCCUAUCGUCAAUUACACGUCGGGAUCUAUUGAAGACCUAACCCAUCUUCAUGUAUGUAUACCCUUUAACCUUCUACACCUCCAUGUGGUCGAGAUUUCGCGUCUCGAUGUCGCUGUCUUCGAUAUUCACCACGCGCUUGCCAACAUCUAUCAAUACCGCGUUUUGCUGACCAUCAUCUUUUUUAGCGACCCACCAUCAUCCUCUCCACAACACUCCACACAUAAUAGUUAAUACAACAACACAUCGUCAAAUAUGCCAGUUAGUCGAGCAACUAGUCGUAGGGCUCCUACAAAUGAGAACGAUGAGAAUGUAGCUGGUGUCACAACCCGUCUUACUAGAUCUAAAUCUGCAGCAUUUACUACGGAGGAAGUCACCGGUGCCGUCAAGAAGCCACUUGCAACCAAGAAAUCAACUAUCAAUGCACAACCAGUCCGAAAGCGGGCCGCCUUGGGAGAUGUUAGCAACGUUGCCAAGGGAGGAGAUGCAGUCGAGGCAAAGAAACCUGCUGCUAAGAGUGGACUGGUCUCGAAAGCUUCACAGCCAACCGGCGUCACCAAGAACAGUACUCGAUCAGCCCUCGGAGCUAAGGAUACAAACAAGAAGUCGUUGAGUAAGGCAGCUGGAUCUGGAGUGAUGAAGAGAAAGACCACUGCAGCUUCGAUAGCCGCCGCGGUAAAGGAAGAGACACCUGUCGAAGACGAACAACCAUCCCGAAAGAAGGUCCACAUUGAAGCAGAAAAGCAAGCUAAAGUUAUCAUCGAGGAAAAGGAGAAUGAGGCGGAGGCAGAGGCUGUCGUUGAACCAGAGCCAAAGGAAUCUGUUAGACUUGAGUUUGCCGAAGGUGUACGCGACUUAGAUGCCGAAGACACCGAUGAUCCUUUGAUGGUGGCUGAGUAUGUCGUUGAAAUUUUCGAGUACUUGAAGAAGUUGGAGAUCGCUACCAAACCUAAUGAAAAGUACAUGGCCCAUCAAGAAGAUCUGGAGUGGAAGAUGCGCGGCAUUCUAGUCGACUGGCUCAUUGAAGUUCACACACGCUUCCACCUCCUCCCAGAAACCUUGUUCCUUGCCGUCAACAUCAUCGACCGUUUCCUCUCCACCAAAGUUGUUCAACUCGAUCGUCUUCAGCUUGUUGGUGUCACUGCAAUGUUCAUUGCUUCGAAGUACGAAGAAGUCCUCUCACCUCACGUCGCCAACUUCCGUCACGUCGCCGAUGAUGGGUUCACCGAGGCAGAGAUCCUUAGUGCCGAGCGUUACGUUCUUAGUGCUCUCAACUAUGAUUUGAGCUACCCAAACCCAAUGAACUUCUUGAGACGUAUCUCUAAGGCAGAUGACUACGACAUCCAGACCCGUACUUUGGGCAAGUACUUGAUGGAGAUCAGUCUCCUUGAUCAUCGAUUCAUGAAGUACCUUCCAAGUCACGUCGCUGCUGCAUCCAUGUAUCUCGCCCGCCUUAUUCUUGAGAAGGGCGAAUGGGACCCAAUGUUGACUCACUACUCCGGUUACAGUGAGGAUGAAAUUGAGCCCGUCUUCCAAUUGAUGGUUGAUUACCUUGCUCGUCCUGUUACUCAUGAAGCAUUCUUCAAAAAGUAUGCUAGCAAGAAAUUUUUGAAGGCAUCAAUCCUUACCAGAUCAUGGGCCAAGAAGCAUGCCUCCCUUUAUGGUAUUGACGUUACCCAACCUUUAGAAUCUUCAUAGAAUAUAUGAUACUUAAUCAUAUUUACUACCUUCAUCGUGCUCUUCCCUGGAUACACCCUUUGCAUUUUAAUUGGUUGGGAUACGAAAUGGUACUUACGACGGAUGAUCUUAUGGACUCGACCACCAAUAUACCACACACUGUCCUGGUCUAUAAUGGGUCGACUUUGGUUUAUGUCGAUGCUUCUCGAGGCGUUGAGUGAUAUCUUUCUUCUUGUCUUUGGUUUGGUGCAUACUCUUUUUUUAGCACAAAUUGGCGUUUGGGUCUGUACGCAAAUGGAUCUUACAGUAUUGGCGUCUGGGAAUCUGACAUCGUCUCCACAAAUUGCUUCACGUCUUGCAGCAAACAUUCUGGCUACAAGCAUAUAGCAGAAAAUUAUUGGCAGUUUCGCUCUAUUGCUGUCAUGAGUUGUGAAAGCAGAAAAAGGGUAUUAUUUCUUGUGUUGGUUACAUGAGAUAGCUUUUGUAAAUAUAUUCUAGGCGCGACAAUAAACGUUACAAUUAUAAAAACAAAACGAAAAUGAAAAUGAAAAUAAAAAUAAGAAUAAGAAUAAAGGAUUAUAUAGUCCA